UCUCCAUCCAUUUUCUCUCUCAAUUUGUUUCUCUUGAACUUUCUUUCUCUCCAAACACACUCUGCAGUAGCCAUGUCUCUCAUCAACAAUUUCAUCAAAUUCGACCUCAACGAAACCACCAGAAAGUCUAUAGCUGAAUAUUUAUGGAUCGGGGGAUCCGGUAAGGAUUUGAGGAGCAAAGCUAGAACUUUGCCUGAACCAGUGACUGAUCCUGCGAAACUUCCCUUAUGGAAUUUUGAUGGUUCGAGCACCGAUCAGGCUCCUGGUGACGAUAGCGAAGUCAUUCUUCGCCCUCAAGCCGUAUUCAGGGAUCCAUUUAGAGGAGGAAGCAACAUCUUGGUUAUGUGCGAUACUUAUACUCCAGCCGGCUAUCCCAUUCCCACCAACAAGAGAUUCAAUGCAGACAAAAUCUUUAAUCACCCUGACGUUGCUGCCGAAGAACCUUGGUUCGGGAUCGAGCAAGAAUACACUCUUCUUCAAAAAGAUACAAGGUGGCCUCUGGGCUGGCCUGUUGGAGGAUUUCCUGGCCCACAGGGUCCAUACUACUGCGGAGUAGGGGCUGACAAAUCCUUUGGGAGGGACAUUGUGGACGCCCAUUAUAAAGCUUGUCUCUAUGCUGGCAUAAACAUAAGUGGUAUCAACGGUGAGGUUAUGCCUGCUCAGUGGGAGUUCCAAGUUGGUCCUGCCACUGGAAUAUCAGCAGGGGAUCAAUUAUGGGUUGCUAGAUACAUACUCGAGCGAAUCACGGAAAUCGCCGGCGUUGUUCUUUCCUUCGAUCCCAAACCAAUUCCAGGGGACUGGAAUGGUGCUGGGGCUCAUACUAACUAUAGCACCAAGUCGAUGAGAAAUGAUGGCGGCAUUAAUGUGAUUAGGAAGGCAAUCGAGAAGCUGGGUUUGCGCCACAAGCAGCACAUUGCUGCCUAUGGAGAGGGUAAUGACAGACGCCUCACUGGUCGCCAUGAAACUGCAGAUAUCAAUUCAUUUUCUUGGGGCGUUGCAAACAGAGGAGCCUCUAUCCGGGUUGGCCGUGACACCGAGAAGGCAGGAAAAGGCUACUUCGAAGAUAGAAGGCCAGCGUCUAACAUGGAUCCUUAUGUUGUGACAUCAAUGAUAGCUGAAACUACCAUUCUGUGGAAGCCAUAGAUGUGGGAAUUGGAAGAUGGGAAGGAAAGAAUUAGAUCUUUUUAUAUAAUAACCUCAAGUUGGUUAGAACUUGUGUUCUAUUUAUGGCUUUCAAAAGCUGGGUUGCCAUUUAGUCACAUGGUCUUUCGCUUAUAGAUUUUGUUCCAACAAUCGAACUUUUGGCAUGUUAAAUAAAAAGGGCAAGUCGCUAUUAUAAAUUGUGAUAUGAUUAUGCUAUGGCAUCACCCAUGAGCAUUAUA